GAGAAAUUCCGGAAGAGGAAGACUGCCAAGAGAGAAUUUUCUUCCAUUACCAGUCUCUUCACUGAAACAACACCACCACCACCACCACCGCCUUCCCUCUUCCUCGAAUCGGGAGCUCCGAUGACGGGAUCAAUCCGGGCGAUGGCAGAGAUGAAUGUCAGCAGUCUGCCUUUGGAUGCUCCCCGGGUAAAGCUGAGUUGAAUGGAGAGAAAUUUCGAGAGAGGGACGAUGAACCAACAGAAGGGCCACGAGCAGUUUCGAUAUCCUAAUAUCGAUCCUCGAAAUCCAGGGCUCGGUUCUACUAACCAGAGUUUCUUCCAUGAUCCAUCGAGUACUAUCAACACCAAUAUGCGACCUCCAGAUUACAACAUGUCUGCUGUAGCCAGACCGGUUCUGAACUAUUCAAUUCAGACUGGUGAGGAGUUUGCACUUGAAUUUAUGCUCAACCCCAGGCAACAGCUCAUUCCACCGGCUCAAAGGGAUCCUAGCAGCACAUCGGGCUAUAUGGAUCUAAAGGGCAUCCUUGGUAUUUCUCAUACAGGUUCAGAAAGUGGAUCAGACAUUUCCAUGAUCAAUUCGGUAGAAAAAGGCUUUGUGCCCGAAUUUGAAAGGAAGAGCUCUCUGGCUAAUGAAGAGAGAAAUUACCACGAGUCCUUGCGGUCCGUACCAAGAUCCACCUCGCGAGGUAGUAGCAGUAGACUCAUUGAUAGUUCCCUUUCGGGAUCUGGCGAUUGUACAUCCGCGCGAGUGAAGUUCCUCUGCAGCUUUGGUGGUACAAUUUUGCCCCGCCCGAGCGAUGGAAAGCUUAGGUAUGUCGGCGGCGAGACUCGUAUUGUUCGGAUAAGCAAGGAUAUUACUUGGCAGGAACUCACGCAGAAAACUUUGGCAAUUUAUAACCAACCUCACACUAUUAAGUAUCAACUUCCAGGUGAGGAACUUGAUGCGCUGGUUUCUGUAUCUUGCGACGAGGAUCUUCAGAACAUGAUGGAGGAAUGUAAUGUGUUGGAGGAUAGAGGGACUCAGAAACCCAGGAUGUUCCUUUUCUCCGAUACUGAUCUAGAGGAUGCUCAGUUUGGCAUCGGAAGUAUUGAUCGGGAUUCUGAGGUCCAAUACGUGGUUGCGGUGAAUGGCAUGGAUUCAGGUUCAAGAAGGAAUUCAAUUGCUCUAGGAAGUGCCUCUGGCAAUAACUUGGAUGAGUUAGUAAAUCUGAAUCUUGAAAGAGAAGACAGUAGAGUAGCUGGGACUACGGCCGAUCCUUUCAGAGUAGAUGCACCUACAUCCAGUGCUCAGUCUUCUCAAGUGGUGCCAACAAGCUCAGCUAGCAAUUAUGAGUCUAAUUUACACUCUUACCAGCGACAGAGAGUUAAUCAUGGAGAAGCUAGCCAACAUGCUUUAUCCGCUCCUCACCAUGCGGAGAGUUUCUCGGAUUUGGAGGGAAAGGGAACUAUUUCCUCAUCUGUCCAAUUCUUACAUGGCCAAGGAUCUACUUCUAAUUUCGUGCCACAUGUAGAUAAUGUAAAUGCGAUUCCUCCCACUGUAAAUCCAGUAGCAACGGGAGCUUUGAAUGAAGAGCAUUUAGUCAGUGGCCAGCGCGCACAGGAUAUAGAAGCACCUAUAAGGGAUAUCAAACUGAAAAGAGACAGCUCAGCGAAGAAAACAAAUGGACCUGAUAAAGUUCAGCCCCUAGAGAAGGAAAAUAAAUUUGAGGAGCUGAAAAUGAAGAGAGAGGGCUCUAUGCAGAAGAUAGACGAGACUCAGAAUGAUAACAUUUUUUCUUCUAAAUCGAAUGAAGGCCCCGUCACAAGCUACACCCACCGGGAAGACGCGUCUGGUGCUAAACUGGCCCCUGAGCUAAAGAGUCCUUUGCCCAAGGCUGUAGGUAAGAGGCCUCAGGAAACUGUGCAGAGCUCUAUGGACCCAGAAGAUGCGAGGGACGGGAAGAAGAAUCAUGAGGAUGACCCCUUCUAUGCAUCAGGUGGUGCGUUCAUGGGUAAUGGUGGAUCUGAGGCUGAUCCAACAGAGUUGGGCUACGUAGAGCCACCUUCGAUGCCGCAGCGAGUAUUUCAUUCUGAACGAAUCCCAAGGGAGCAGGCAGAGUUGAACCGUUUGUCAAAAUCCGAUGAUUCCUUUGGAUCACAGUUUCUGAUUACUCAAGCGCGGUCGGAUUACUCUCAGUCAACCCCAGAGACAACUGAGAAGCUGCAUGAUGGAGACAUGGCUUCUCAGACUGAGCACUUUGUCUCAUAUGAUAAAGUAGCAUAUAAAAAUCCACAGAACAUCCAUGAUGGAGCUAAGCAACUUCCAAGGCAUGUAGAAUCUGCUUCUUCAGACAAUUUCACUUUGGACAGGCGUAUUGCUGAAGAGGUGCUUGAACCAGUGCCCCGGAAAACUGAAUCAAGACCUCUAAAUUCUGCGGAUGACCACGGAAUGACCCAGGAUAAAGAGAAGUACAAGGAAAUGAUUGUCGGGGCUAAAGAUGCAGCUGGUCCUCACCACCAAACAUCAGGUCGAGUAGCUCCUGGUAUGCACGCUGACAAUUCUUCCUUGAGGUCAUCAGAAUAUCUCUGGGAUGAAGUAACACCAAGCAAGACCAGUGGAAAAACAACGGGUCAUGCACCGCCUUUAGCGCAGACUGUUGAGCCUUCAGUUAGCGUUAGCAACCCAGAGCAUGGAGACAUAUUAAUUGAUAUUAAUGACCGUUUUCCUCGAGAUUUUCUGUCUGAUUUAUUCUCAGUGGCAAGGCGCUCUGAGAAUCUCUCUGAUGUUAAUCCUCUGCAUUGUGAUGGAGCAGGAUUGAGUUUGAACAUGGAAAAUCAUGAGCCGAAGCAUUGGUCUUACUUCCGAAUCUUGGCUCAAGACGAGUUCGUUAGGAAGGAUGUUUCUCUUAUGGACCAGGAUCACCUUGGCUUCUCGGCUCCGCUAGCAGAAAUCGAAGGUAGAGCUCCUAUUGACUACAGCUAUCCACCUGUAAAAGCUGAUGAAGUCCAUGUGGGUUGUAUGGAGCCCAGGCUUAACUAUGAGGAGGAUAUUGCCCAAGUGUCAUCUGGCAUCAUCAGUCCAAGUGUGAGGGAUGUGCAUCAAGACUACAGCACUUCCCAUCCCAAGGGUACUGAAAGUAUAUUAGAUGUAGUUCACCCUACAAUACCAGAAAUGGAAUAUGAGGAUGAAAAAUCAGAAGCUCCUAAUAUUGUUCAAUCUAUUGCCGAUCUUUCUCUGGGUGAUUUGGAUAUCAGUAGCCUGCAGAUUAUUAAGAACGAAGAUCUGGAAGAACUGAAAGAAUUGGGUUCUGGUACAUUUGGGACUGUCUACCAUGGAAAAUGGCGUGGAACGGAUGUUGCGAUAAAGCGCAUAAAAAAAAGCUGUUUCACAGGUCGUUCAUCAGAGCAGGAGAGAUUGACAGUGGAGUUCUGGAGGGAAGCUGACAUUCUCUCAAAGCUUCAUCAUCCCAAUGUGGUGGCGUUUUACGGCGUUGUUCAGGAUGGUCCAGGAGGAACACUGGCUACAGUGACGGAAUACAUGGUUAAUGGUUCUCUAAGACAUGUUUUGCUUUGUAAGGACAGGCAUCUUGAUCGUCGCAAGAGGAUUAUCAUUGCUAUGGAUGCAGCGUUUGGAAUGGAAUAUUUGCACUCAAAGAAUAUUGUGCAUUUUGAUCUCAAAUGCGAUAACCUGCUUGUCAACCUGAAAGAUUCAGCGCGUCCCAUUUGCAAGGUUGGUGAUUUUGGCUUGUCAAAAAUCAAAAGGAAUACCUUGGUUACUGGUGGCGUCCGGGGAACCCUGCCAUGGAUGGCACCUGAGUUGUUAAACGGUAGCAGCAACAAGGUCUCUGAGAAGGUUGAUGUCUUCUCCUUUGGCAUUGUCCUUUGGGAGAUUCUCACUGGCGAGGAGCCUUAUGCCAACAUGCAUUAUGGAGCCAUUAUAGGCGGAAUAGUAAAUAACACGCUGAGGCCCCCAGUGCCACACUCUUGCGAUCCCGAAUGGAAAUUGCUUAUGGAGCAGUGUUGGGCCCCAGAUCCCGUGGCCCGUCCGUCCUUCACAGAAAUCGCCCGACGCCUGCGUGUUCUGUCCACAGCAUCCCAAGCCAAACCACCUACAAACCAGGUCUCCAGGUGAUGGAUCUCGAAGAUUGAAAACUCGGCCUUUUUUUCUUUUUUGUUACAUUAUUAAUCACCAUUUGUAAUGCCACGAGCUGUUUAUAGUGGGGGGGGAACCCUACAGAAAAGUGUGUAUUGUACGGGAAGCAGAGAUUGCCCUUGUUCAAAAUGCCAGACUGUUAGGUAUUAAAGAUGUGUGCAUGGUGUGAAUGUGUAAUUAGACGUUGGAGAAACCAUUCUCUGUACAACUAUUAUUUGUGUUUAUAGUAAGUACAGUUGCCAAUAAAAUUAUACCGAUUUUGCUUUUA